AUGUCUCCGAAUCGUCACCUGGGUGUAGAUCCAGGCCUUCCUGCAGGCAACCCCACUCCAUCAUUCUGGCAGGAGCCUCGGUCUCGAUCAUUCCGACCACAGGACAAUCUGCCAGCCGCUCGAGACGUCGUGAUUAUCGGUUCGGGGAUUACUGGCUGCAGUGUUGCGUGGCACCUACUGAACAAUCACGUUUCUCUCAACGUUACGAUCCUGGAGGCUCGCGAUGUAUGCUCAGGCGCCACUGGUCGCAAUGGAGGGCGGAUCAAUUGCACCGCCGUCCAAGAUUUUCACAAGUAUUCGGAGAUAUUCGGACAGAGCAGUGCCAAAGAAAUCGUCCGCUUCGAACUCGCUCACUAUGAGUCUAUACGGAAGACUGUGGAAAGCAUUGGACCAGAACUUCUCUCGGAAUCGGAGCUGAGAUGGAUCAAUGCCGUCUCUGCGGUCUUCACUGACCAAGAGGUCAAUGCUUUUCGUUCAAUGCUGAAAGCGUUCGAAGAUGCCUUUCCCGACUUACGUGGGCAUUGGCAAGUGGUUGGCCGGCGAACGAUGGCUUCAAAAUACGGAAUGCCUAGAGCCAGCGGCGGCCUCGUAGGCAAGGCUGGAGCCGCGUGGCCUUACAGAAUGAUACAUGGCAUCUUCGAGCAUCUACAGACGAUUUGCAAGGAACGCUUUUCGAUUGCAUCAAACACUCCUGUCCUAUCGAUCAGCAGAGCAUCCGACAGCAACCGCCCAUACCUUCUGCGCACCAAGCGUGGGACCAUCAUGGCUAAGCACGUGGUCCACUGCACUGAGGGUCAUGCAGCACACCUACUACCGCAGCUAAGAGGAAUUAUCAUUCCGCGUCGAGGGCAGAUGACCGUGCAAGGUGGCGAUCAGCAAAUGCUCAGAGGAAGGGUUGAAUCUUUCUCUUUGACAAUACAAGGUAUAUUCUCCUAUGCGACUACGAACGCUCGAACCGGCGAUAUCUUCAUCGGCGGCGGCGAUCGCGAGGACCGGAAAUACUCCAUGGGGAGAGCCUCGGAUGCCGAAGAGGAUCUCGCAGCGCUGUCUUACCUCAGUGGCGUCUUGCAGGUGGUGUUCGGAUCCCAACGAGGAACUAUGGCUCCUCGUGUGAAGAGCUCCUGGUCCGGGACCCUGGGAUGCAGCAUAGACGACGCGCCUCUGGUUGGUAUGCUUCCGCAGGAGCUGCUGGAACGACCCGCAGGAUCUGCAAUAUCAGCAGAAUGGAUCUCUGCGGGUUACGGAGGCUAUGGCAUGGUAAAUGCCUUUCUUUGCGGAAAAUAUCUGGUGGAGAUGAUGCUAGGAUUACCAAAUGAACUUGGUCUGCCGCGUGCCUACUUGCUGAACUCGGCACGGGCACUGGAUUUGAUAGAGAGACGUCGCAUAGUGGUCGGAGGGAUUGGCAAACAGGCUCAGAUGUAA